AUGACGAGACGAUACCUGGUGGAGAGAAGAGACAACUGCCUCAGACGAGAUGGACCUAGAUUGAAUGCCUGCUGUGGAAACGAAACAGUCCCAUCCGCACCGCCUUACCUGAAAGAUGAUCACGGGAGCGGCGGCACUGGCACUGGCACUGGCACUGACACUGGCGGCUGCGCCUGGAACGUUAAGCGAGCCCCGCUGAUACGUUAUCUGAAUACAGUGUUUAUACAGUGUUUAUAUCUAGCGUUCUUCUCACCGGUUCCCAACGCCUAG